CAGCUCAUGACAGACGUGCCACAUGCUCCCGGGCUCUGAUGCUCAUGCGCAGACUGCCCUGGUACCAUUCAUGCAGCUCUGUCGCUCCCCCCGCCAGCUGCAAGCUCCGUCCCUAUUUCCUUUCCUGCAUGUUUGACAAAUGCAAUCAGAAAGAGAAGAGCGAGAUAUACAGAGCGAGGGAGGGGGAAGCAGGAGGUGGGGAGAUCUUACUGCCCUCCUAUAAUCAUAAUUCCCCUCUAGCCAGAACUGCUGCUCCCAGUAGACAUAGAGAGGAAGAAUUGGAGGGGAUUCACCUUUGGACGGUGCCGGUUUAUCACGGAUACUAGGAAUGAAUAAGAAAGUCAACUGAUGAUAAUGUUUCACUUCCAGAACAGCAUAACUCUCUCCUGGUGAAAGCACCGGCACCUCUCUGUGCUAACUCCACCUGAUACAACAAGAGAGCACUAUUUGAAGACAUGGAAAGUUCACCAUCUAAACCAUACUCAACCAAGAAAAGAGUUAAAAUACAUCCCAACACUGUGACGGUUAAAUACAUGUCCCAUUACCCUCAACCUGGGGAUGAGGGGUAUGAAGACACCAGUGAAGACAAUGGUGGUUUUGUGGAGGAAAACCCGAAAAAAAGAUUGUUAGCGGACACCAAAAAGAAGGGAAGAACCUUCUUUGGGACUAUGGAUGCCCGGCCAAAACAGACAGAGGAUCCUGAUAAUGAUCUUGCCCAGCAGUUACAAAGUUUUGCAGACAGCUCUAUCUUUCAAUCUCGGAAAAUAUGGGCUGUAUUGUUUGCAUCAGCAAUGGCCCAUGGGUGUGUAGCACUUAUCACCAGAUUGGUUUCCGAUCGCUCCAAAGUGCCCUCUCUGGAGUUAAUAUUUAUCCGUUCUGUUAUGCAAGUUUUGUCUGUGAUAAUGGUUUGUUACUAUAAUGAGGCUCCAUUUGGGCCUCCAGGUUAUAGACUAAGGUUAUUCUUCUAUGGAGUGUGCAAUGUUAUUUCCAUUACAUGUGCCUACACAUCCUUCUCUAUUGUUCCUCCAAGCAAUGGAACCAUCAUGUGGAGAGCAACCACUACUGUGUUCAGUGCUAUACUCGCCUUCUUGUUGCUAGAUGAACAUAUGGCAUACAUUGACUUGAUCACUGUUGUCUGCAGUGUAUUUGGUGCAUGUUUGGUCAUGAUUCCAAAUAUCGUUAAUGAAGAGAAUUCCUUCCUUGGUGUCUGGAAGGAAGCUUUUGGUUACACUAUGACAGUGAUGGCUGGACUUACCACGGCACUCUCCAUGAUAGUCUAUAGGUCUAUCAAAGAGAAGGUCAGCAUGUGGACUGCACUAUUUACCUUUGGGUGGACUGGAAGUGUUUGGGGAGCCUGUACUAUGUUUGUCCUUCAAGAACCAAUCAUCCCCCUGGAUGGAGAAACCUGGGGCUACCUCCUUGCAAUCUGCUUAUGUUCUACUGUAGCAUUCCUUGGUGUUUAUUAUGCUCUAUACAAGUUCCACCCAGCCUUGGUUAGCACAGUGCAGCAUCUGGAGAUUGUAGUGGCUAUGAUCCUGCAACUUCUUGUGUUGCGCAUGUUUCCCAGUGUUUAUGACAUAAUAGGUGGGUCAUUAAUCAUGAUCAGUGUCUUUGCGUUGGCUGGUUACAAACUCUAUUUAGGAAGAUUAGGGCGACAAGAUUAUCAAGAAAUACUGGAUUCCCCUAUUAAAUGAGAGCUGAUGUCUCAUUGUUGAUUGUAUUGUGUCUGUAACAGUGUUGACUACCACACCAGUAACAGUUGAGGUGACCAAACCCAAGAUUCUAUUCCAAAGCAUGGAACAACUUGACAAAAAUAUAUAAAUACAUUUUCAAAUAAGUUUUAAUUUUUUUGUUUGUUUUAUAUGCAAACCUAGUAAUCAAAAAUAAUUAAAGUUCUUAAAAUAUGAUGGGAAUAUAAUGACUUUACUAAAACAGCUCCACAUUUUGCUGGUUACAAAUAGUCAUGUUUUGGCUAAAUGAAUGGGAAAAUGUAUUUAUUUACUAGCUGAUAAGAUUAUCAGGAAAUCAUCAUUAUUUAUUUUUCUUAUGGUUGGAAUACAGCACUUAAGGUCUAUACACACUUAA